UGUAGCCACGUGCCAUCCGGCUAGAAUGUCUGAAAGGAGUCCCCGGAGCUCAGACUCAGCACUGCUCUUCAUCAACACAGGAACAGUCCGACACAGGACACAGGUCUGCAGCAGGAGAUCAGUGACCAGCCGUGUUAGUGCAGCCUUUGGCCUAGGGGAGUCAGAGCCCAAACUGAGGCUUCGUUUGGGGAGAAAAAAAAACCUUUUAGGUGGCAGAAUGGCUCCAGGCCGGGCCUGCGGACUGCACCCAGGGACAGCGUGGUGCUGUGGAUAUGGCAGGAGAUGUGGUGCCUUGAAGGUUCUGGCGAUGGACCAGUGUCUCCACACAGGACAACAGCCCUUGUGUCUGGGGACUCCACAGAAGGAUGGCUUUGCAGGACCCUCAGUAGAGUCCGACAAGAUAGAGUCAUCUCUUCGUAGUAUCGAGAAAUUUGUUCCUACAGACUUUGCCAGCUACACGCAAGAGCAUUAUCAGUUUGCAGGCAAGAAGAUCAUCAUCCAAGAAUCCAUUGAGAGCUUUGGCACGGUGGUGUGGCCAGGGGCUACAGUUUUGUGCCAGUAUUUGGAAGACCAUACUGAAGAAUUACAUCUCCAAGAUGCUAAAAUACUUGAAAUCGGUGCCGGCCCAGGACUUGUCUCCAUCGUGUCCAGUCUUUUAGGAGCCCAAGUCACAGCAACAGAUCUGCCUGAUGUCCUAGGGAAUCUUCAAUACAAUCUUUUAAAAAACACACUGGAACGCGCAGCUCAUCUACCUGAAGUGAAGGAACUGGUAUGGGGGGAAGACCUGGACCAGAAGUUCCCUAAGUCAAACUUUUAUUACGAUUACGUCCUGGCCUCUGAUGUGGUCUACCACCACUACUUUCUCGAUAAGCUUCUGGCUACCAUGGUGCACCUUUCCCAGCCAGGCACCGUGGUGCUCUGGGCAAACAAAUUCAGAUUCAGCACUGAUUAUGACUUUUUAGACAAGUUCACGCAAGUUUUUGAUACCACUCUUGUGGCUGAACAUUCGGAGUCAUCAAUGAAACUUUUUAAAGGGAUACUAAAAUGGGACUGA